UCUUUGAUUGAUUCUUUGAUUCUUGUAUCUUAAGGACAUAUGUCCUGGACCAUCUCAUCCCCGAAACAAUCAUCGAUCGUAGAAGGCUUGAGAAGGAGAGGGAUCAAUCACGAACUUGCAGAGCCAUACGCCGGGGCAUGUCCUUGGAAUGGUAGGCUCAUAUGUCUCACCAGGUAGGUGUUCAGCGACCCUUCCAGCACGGACCAACUACAAGACCUUUCGGAGAUCUGGUACUGACCGCCAUGGACCAGAUUACCUUGAGAAUUAUGAGGAUGUCGGCACAACGAAGAGCGUAGAAUUCGCAUUGCUCUUCCUGCUGAUGGGAGUGUUGCGGAUAAGUACGUUAUUAGUAAAAUGAAAUCAAAAUUGUUGUUAUUUUUUGUAAAAUAACUUGAAAACACAUCACAUAUCACAACAUUUAACAAUAAAAUGCAAAAAUAAUUCCUUUAGGAACACACAAACACGAUUUAACACUGAAAUUAGCAGACGAAUGUAGAGAAAAUCACACCGCGGUGCUUUGAAAGCCAACUGAUUUGACCAAAUGUCAAACGUUUGUCAUCCAAUGUGCAGCACUGCCCGCCCUGACUGGCAGCACUGCUGUCGUGCUGCUGUGCGUGAAAUACUCUCACCGGCAGGAAUUGUAUAAACAUAAACAAAACCCCAAACAUACGCGGUACCGGAAAAGCGGAUCAUUUUCCACUUCGUUCUAGUUCAAUAUGGAAUCGCUGGAAAAGCCAAAUGCUGGGAAAGAGGCGGAAAAGGACAAAGCUGUGACGAAGGCAAAGGGACGCCACCGGAGCAAGCACAAGUUCAACUCGAUUCGCAAGCAGAUAGAAUUUUACUUCUCCGACGCUAACCUGACCAAAGACCGUUACAUGGGACAGCUGCUGCGGAAUGGGCCAUUCAUUCCUUUGGAAGAGUUUUUAAAGUUCAACAAAAUCAAAGCCCUCACUACGAACGUCGACGAGAUAGCGAAUGCGUUGAAAAAUUCCACCCUGCUGGAGCUUUCCGACGAUCGGGCGAAGGUGCGCCGCAAGACGGAGGUUGUGGUGAAGGCCAACAGCGAAGAGUGUACGAUCUACGUGGAAAGUUUGCCACCGAAAGCGGACCACGAUUGGGUGCGGAAUGUGUUUUCCAGCUACGGCACGGUGGCGUACGUAUCGCUGCCCAAGUUUCGAAACUCGGGCAAAAUCAAAGAGUUUGGCUUUGUGGAGUUCGACGAGGAGGCGAGUGUGCAGAAGGCGCUGAAAGCGUUCCAAACGUUUGGCGGUGUGCUGGCGUACGAAACGACGGACCCGGCCAAGAUGGCAAGCAUCAAGACGUACGAACCGGAAAAGGGAACGCAGCAGCACGGUGAAGGCUCUGGCGAAACGAAAGCCGAACAGAGUGCUGACAUGGAGAAGCCGAAUGAAUCAUCCACCGGUUCGAUGGCUGAAGACGAUGGUAACAAGCGCGAGGAGGAUGGUGAUGAACCACCAGCGAAGAGACACAAAAUCGAUCCAACGAGUGACGAGGACGAUGACACACAGGACGAUCAGCAGUCGGAUCGGGAAGCAAACGGACAGAAGGUUGAGCCAGCAAGCGAAGAAGAGUUCCAGUCGGAUCAGGAAGAGCCCGUCGGAGAGCAGGAUAACAAGGAUGGGACGGACCAAGCAAAGGGCGAUGGGCAGGAUGUGAAACAAGACACAGGAAAGAAGAAAUGCCGCCAAAGAAAGGGUUGCAGCAUCAUCAAGAAAGAGCUCCAGCUGGACGAUAAGGUUUACGAGCUCAAAAUAAUGACCAAGAAAGAAUGGCGCCGGUUGAGAAACAAGUAUCUCAACCUGCAAAAGGAAGAGGCAAAAAAGCUGAAGCGCUUGUUCCACCAAACGGACAAGCAUCAUCAUCAUCAUCAUCAGCGUGGUGGCCAUCCGAAGACGAUUGCUUCCCAUCCGAGCGGUGGAAUUGCGAUCAAAUCGAUCAAAUCCUCCCCGAGGGUAAAUUUCUACGGCGCCAUGCCGGUUGAGGAGGACGAGGAGCACGACGAGCAGGACGGUACCGGCAGCCACCUGCUUCAGCCGGAAGCGGCCGAGGAGAGUGCGGCCACGGCAAAGCGGCCGCUCUUCUCGUUCGAGCCCGGUCUGAUCGCGAGCAUAAAGUUUCGCGAACCGUGCGUCGAUGUGAAGGAUUUCCGGGCCGAGCUGAAGCAGUACCCGUACGUGAAGUAUAUUGACCUGAAGGAGGGCGACUUUGAGGCGUUUGUGCGCGUCGAUACGCCUGCGUCGGCCGUGGCGCUCGUGAAGGAGUACUGCUCGGCGGAGCACAGCGCGCAGAUACUGAGCGGCGAGCAGGAGCAGCAGUACUGGGACAAGAUGAUGCGCGACCGGGAGGACAAGCUGAACAAGCGCGUCAAGACGGAGCGCAUUCGAGGGCGUACGAAGUUAAUUCGUAAGAUAAACAGUCACAUUAAGUUUGAUGAUGACGAUGAAUAAUGGCACAAACGACCUUGAUGGGAUUAUGGCGAAAUAAAGUGAAUUUAACAGCAA